CCUCGCAGCAUCACUGGUGCAGCAGCUCAGCAUCAUCAUCUCUCCCUCUCUCAGGAAGAGACGCAUCAGCGUCAGAGCUGAGAGUGAGGGAAAUAAACAUAAAGAUACGACGAAGAAAGUCUCUGUUUCUUUACAAGUACAAGCCAUUUAAUAGAGCCUUUUACCUCCUGGUAAAGGAGCAGAACUUUGUGUCACCAUGAAAUCAUCUUUGACUUGACUGAACUCCCUCAGAGCCACAGAGGAGAAAUUACUCAACAGUUUACACAUGCAAGGCAAAUGAAGUGACCAGCAGGGCAGGAUGUCAUCAUUCCAGGUGGUGGACUCAUCUCCUGGCUGCAGCGUCAGCAUCAUGGAAACAUCCAACUUCGCCCAUGUCAUCUUCCAGAACGUGGAGAAGAGUUUCCUACCACAGGCCCCCUUGGAGUGCCGUUACACGCUGACCCCUUACAUUACUCCCCACCCCAAGGACUGGGUGGGCAUUUUCAAGGUUGGUUGGAGCACAGCCAGAGAUUAUUACACCUUCCUUUGGUCUCCCAUGCCUGAGAACUACGACCCGGGAAGCACUGUGCACAGGACUGUUGUGUUUCAAGGCUAUUAUGUCCCUAAAUCGGACGGGGAGUUUUACCAGUUCUGUUAUGUCACUCACGCGGGGGACAUCAGAGGUGCCAGCACGCCCUUCCAGUUCAGGCCCGCCACGCCCACUGAGGAGCUGCUGACUGUCACAGAGGAAGACAGCAACUCAGACAUACUGGUCGUUACCACCAAGACCGGCCUGCUAGAGCGUGUGGAGGAGGCACAGCAGGAGCGCAGGGAGCUGCUGAAGACCUUGCGCCUCCUGCAGGAGGAGAAACAACAGCUGCAGGAGGAGCAGAAGCAACUGGUCAAGGAAAGGGAGCAGGAGAGGGAGACGUGUUGCCUUCUGCGGACACACAACCAGGAGCUGCUGCGCUCUUCGCAGGGACUCUCCGACGAGAGGGAAGAAGUACGGAGGAGGCUGACGGAGGCCAAAGACCGAGUCCGGCAGCUGGAGGAGGACCUGCUGGGAGUCACCCAGAGGGGCCUUCAGAAGGAGACUGAGCUGGAUUGUCUGCGAGACCGUUUGAAGAAGCUGACAGCAGAGCGAGACACUCUAGAGAGUCAGCUGAAGAAUGAGAAGGAUGAGAGAGAUCUUUAUAAGACUCACCUGCGCAGCACUGAGCUGGAGAACACCAAGCUGAGCGCCGAGCUGCAGAUGCUUAAGGCGGUGGAGCUGAACAGGGAGGUGACCAUCGCUCAAUUCCAAGAGGAGCUGGAGAGGCUGAGGGCCUGCGUCGCCCAGCGAGACAGUCUGGAGAGGGAGCUGCUGGAGCACAGACAUGACAAGGCAGAGCUCGGCCGCCUACGCGAGCAGCUCCGUCAGGCCGAGGAGCAGCUGCAGGCGUCCCGACAGCAGGCCGCCCUGCUCGCCUCCGAGCUGCGGGACUCGGCCGGCGCCCGUGACCACACCAUGACCGAGCUGUACCGCGCCCGCAUCGAGGCCGACAAGCUCCGGGCCAGUCUGGCCGAAGCUCAGGCCGAGUGCCAGCGCAUGGAGAGCCAACUGGACCGGAUGAGGAGCACCGCUCGCAAGGAGGCGGGCGUCGGAACGAGUGGCGACGGCGCAGCGGUGGUGUCGGAGGCGGAGGCGGAGCUUCAGAGGGAGGUGGAGGAGCUGAAGCUGCGCCUCCACAUGGCUGCCGAGCACUACAAGGAGAAGUACCGGGAGUGUCAGCGCCUCCGCAGGCAGGUGGCCAAGCUCAGUACUGCGGAGUCACAAGGUGUUAUUAUGGAGUCAAAGAAAAACGUGUCCACAGAGACGACUCAGGAGCCGCUGGUUUCCAGUCCGGAGUCUCCGACUGAGGGAAAUCCUACCCGCGCAAUUCUACAAGAAGCACCAGAUGUGACAAUCACCCCUGAAGUAAAAAACGAACAAUCCACAUUUGCUGAGGCCCACAGUGGCACAGAAGUGGAGGAAAAACAGGUGGAGACGUCGCCGAUGGAGUCCACGGCGGCGGCCGGAAGAGAUGACACGGAAAAAGAUGGCGAAGAGGAGGAGAAGAAGAGGAAGGAGAACCUGCCCGAGGAGAGCCUGAAGAUGGCGAGCUGGGUGGAGGUGAGCGACGAGAGGCUGCGGGCCGAGGAGCAGAGCGAGGCGGACACGAGGGCCAGCGCGGAGGGCCGGGAGCCUCUGGAGGCGGAGGGGAGGAGCACGGCGGAGGCGGAGAAGGAGCAGACACGCUCGGUGGAGGCAGAGCUGGCCGUGAUGGAGGAGAAGUGGAGGGAGCAGUGCGUGAUCAACGACACGCUAAAACAGCGGCUGGCCGAUGAGGAGGGACGAUUCAGAGUGCAGAUGGCGGAGCGAGCCAUCGAGGUGUCCGAGCUGAAACAGAACCUCGCCCAGGCUCUUAAAGACAAGGAGCAGCUGCAGGAGGAACUCCAGCUUUACAAAUCCAGACAGAGGGAGCUGGAGACCGGCGUCCAGGGAGCCGAGGCCAAGCAGCCCAUGGUGCUACGCUACCCACUCCCCUACCCACAGGACCCCUCCCCACCACCGCUCGUCCCACAGAGGCCUGCGGAGCUGCAGUACGGCAAUCCUUACUCCACCGACACAUCUAAAGACCAGGCGGACGUCAUCUUGUCCCCUGAGCACCUUUCCCGUCCUCCACCCGAAGCGCCGCUGUGCGCCGCUCCCUGCGCGCCUCCGGCGUCUCCACCCAGCCCCGGUCCGGGAGCUCCAGGCUGGGACCAGGAGGUGGUCUGCAUCCAGCCGUCCCGCAGCACCACUCCCCCGGAGAACAUGGAGGCUCCAGCAGAGGAGGCGCAAAAAGCAUGUGACAGAGCUCAGCAGCCGUGUGACCAUCAGUCCAGCAGAAGCAGUGAAGUGAGGAGCAGCUUCUGCUUUGACUCAAGUGCGGACGUCCACAAGCGCUGCCCGCUGUGCGAAGUGAUCUUCCCGCCACACUUCGAGCAGCGCACCUUCGAGCAGCACGUGGAGAGCCACUGGAAGGUAUGCCCCGUCUGCUCCGAGCAGUUCCCCCUCAACUGCCAGCAGCAGCUCUUCGAGAGGCACGUCCUCACGCACUUCGACGGCAACGUCCUCAACUUCGAGCAGAUUGAGUGAGGCGGAGAAUUCUGUCACGCCGUGUAGGUGCACAUAUGUUGUCAAGGUAUUGCUUUAUUUUGUUAAUUACGCGAUAUUUAGCUCUCCCCUCCACCCCCUUUUCUUUGCGAUCUAAAUGGUGUGCAAGAAUCUAGUUGUGAGUGGGUAACGGACUGAAAGGCGUGGAUCUGCAGAAGCAUUUGUUCAAAAGGAACAGCGUGUGAGGCAGAAUUUGGCAGAAGUGUCACGGCUUUUUACUUUUAUUUUCUCCCAAUGAAGCACCUUUUAAAGAGCAUGUUUAUGUUCUGAAUCACAAAAUUCCCUCCUGUUAACUGAGGUAGUUGUUAAAAAAGUCAAAAGCUGUGGUUUGGGGUGAGGAAAUAAUCUAAAAAAAAAGUAAAAAAAGUUUUAGACUUAACUCCAGAGCUAAAUCUAAGACAGUUAAUACACCCUCCUCAUGUUUCCCUGUCCUUGUAAAAAUGUUUAAUAAGCUUAAGAAUCUGGUAAAAUGUAUCAAAGCAAAAAUAAAGGUUGGAUUUUUCUAGUUUACGAGAGACUAUUUUUCUGCCAAAACAAUUAAUUUUUUUUUUUUUUUUUUUGCGGAAGCAUAAUGCUAACAGUGUCAUGUUUGCCAUAUUAACAGCCAAAAGCAUCAUCUUUUAGUUGAAUUUAAAGCUCGACAAAAGUGUAAAUGCAGAGUGAGACACUUGAAUGUGUAAAGAAUUCUCUCGGUUUUUUUUCCCCCUGUUGUCUGUAUGAGUGUUUUGCAAAGAUGUCAGAUUGUCGGAACCAAAAAAAGAAAAAGAAACAAACAGCACUACGUUCUCCCGGACUCCACUAAGUAAGGCUUUAUUCCGAAUGUACUGUAUAUAGAAGACUGGUGGCGAUUUUCCGUCGUCAAGCUGUCGCCCUUCUUCAUCUUCCUCAUUGAAACGACGGGAUCGGAGACGUUUCACUUCCUGUUGCGCACUUUCUCACAGGUCAAUCACGAAGCAGCGGUGGUGGAUGUUUCCGGCCAAUAGACACUUUGAUUGAUUUAAAAAAAAAAUUAUUUUAAGCUUAGAACUGUGAAGAGGUCGCUGCUUUGUGUGCAGGUCUGUUUGCCCUCAUGUCAUUUAAAUGUGAGUUUUGAGCUUCGUGUCUCUUAAUUUCUUGUUACGGCAGUGUUAACAGUGUUGCAUCCAGGCUUCACCAACUAUAAUGCCUUGCAAAAAAAAAAAACAAAAGAAAGAAAAAAAAGUACUCACUCACCUUAAACUUUUCCACAUUUUGCUCAAACUUUAAUGUACUUUUGGGGGGGAUUUCAUGUGAUUAAUAAAAAGUCGCGCAUAAUUGUGAGGUGGAAAGAAAAUAGUAUUUUCCUUCCUUCAGUGAACACUGCACUGAAGAGUUGUGGGAACGAAUGCAAAAACCAAGGCAGGAAUUUAUGGAUGUACCGAUAUGAAAAAUUUAGUCCGAUGUCGAUAUCCAAUAUUUAUGCUGCUCUAAUGGAUCACAUGACUGGACAAAUACAACAUGGCCGACCUCGUGAAACACAAACGGUAAAUCUAAAUAAACAUCAGCUGCUAAUAUCGGCCCGGUUUAUCUUAUCAGACCGAUGCUUCAACAAAACAUGACUAGCAUCAACCGGCACAGUUGUAGUAUCACAAUCCUGUGUUUUUCUAAUAGGUAUAAAAUUCCCUCAGCAUGAUGCUGAUACCACCGUGUUUCACCAUGGGUGGACAGUGUGUUCUGGGGGGAAUCUGUUUUCCAUGCCGGUUGAAAUGUGGAAGUUUUUUGUCUCUUCUGACCGGAUCAUUUUCUGAACUUCAUUUAGAGGUAGCAAAGUACAUGGGGCUGUACAUAAAAUGCUGCAUUUCUCCUCUGCCUUGCGUUGGUCGAUCACUUAAAAUCCCCAAAAAUGACAUAAAAAAAAAAAUAAAAAAUACACCUAGUUUACUGUUGCGAUGUGAGCAGGUUCGAGGAGUGCGGCCCCCUUUUUGUGUACGUCUCAUGUCUCAACGCUAAUCUCAUGUCAGAAUGUCUGGUAAUUAGUGUAAGUGGAAAAGAUCUUUAAGAAUAAAUUACGCUUGUCUAAAUGAA